AUGUCUAAACAUUGGGCCCAAUCGGAUUCUCGACCAGUCUUCACGAACCCGUGGAGACAAACCCCGCCAUUCAGAAGUGUGCCAGACGCACCAGAUGGGAAAAUAGCCCAUACCUUGACGGCUUGCACAAGAUGUCGACAAACUGUCUCUCGCUCCUACAUAGUCCAGUUACGGGAAAGAGCUCACGCGCUCGAACGAGAAAUUGAAGAAGCCGAGAAGGAAGUCAGGCAUGCGGCCGAUGCAGAACUUAUGGUCCGAAGUGCUGGCCGUAUCAAAUUUGCGCCGUCUGACGAACCAAGAUACCUGGGGCCGUCCAGUGGGAUCGCCAUAACGAGACUGGUGAUGGAGCUGGCCAAGCAGAACACCGACUCAAAAAGUAUCAAAGAUGUCGUCCCAGAGAUGACUGCGCAGGAGAUACGCGACAUGUUUGCCAAGGAAAGCUCUAAGCCGACUUCCAAGGUUUAUCCGAUGAUCAGUUCUGUUCCUCAGGACAGUCUACCUCCGCAGGAGCUAACCUACAAGCUGAUCGAUCUUUACAUGGUCAAAGGCCAAGCUAUGCUGCCAGUGCUCCACGAGCCCACCUUUCGUCAAGACGCGGAUGAUGUCUUCAGCGUGUCUAAAGAUCCUGUACAAAAUUUUCAGUUGCGAAUGGUCAUCGCAAUCAGUAUGCAGAAACUCAGCCCCGAAUACGCAGGAUUAGCCGAUAGUUAUUAUCUAGCCGCCCUUCCUUACUUUGAACGUUCACUGCAACGAAUGGAUCUAAGGUCGCUACAAUGUCUAGCACUUAUUGCGCAAUACUCACUGGUAACGCCAACUAGGACUGCAUCUUACUGGGUCGUCGGGGCAGCUGCGAAACUCACUCAGGAAUUGGGACUCCUUGAAGAAAACACCAUCACUACGGCCCCGACAGGCGAGGCAUUAGAUACCUUAGAGGUGGACAUGCGCCGGCGACUCGCGUGGGUUGUGAUCACAAUGGAGUUUGGCUUGGCCCACAGUUUAGGCCGCCCGAGUUCACUAUGUAUAAGUCACGACCACUUGGAUAUCAAAUUCCCUGAACUAGUGGAUGACCGCUUUAUCACUCGCCAGGGGAUACUUCCAGGGGCAAAGCCUAUUUUGGCGAAAUGCAUUGCUAUACAUUUUUUCAAAAUGCGAUUGUUGCAGGCUGAGAUUCGACGGACUCUAUAUUUGAACAAACGGGAGUCCCCUUCGACCGACCAAGACCCCUGGUUUUCAUGCAUCCUGGCAAAACUGGACCAUUGGGUAGAAUCAUGUCCUAAAGAGGAUGGCGGCAGUGGUCUAAGUAAAACCUGGUUCGUUGGCCGGAAGAAUACUAUUAUUGUCAUGCUAUAUCGUCCCUCGCCUCAAAUACCUGAACCAUCUGUUGAUGCUGCCCGCAAAUGCUAUGAUGCUUGUGCUUUCAACGUAAAAAUGCACCGAGAUCAGAUGACAACUGGCUCUGUCGACUUGACGUGGGCAUCUACUCAGGCUCUAUUCAUGGCGAUUAGCACGAUGCUAUGGACGCUGUCGUAUCCUGAUAUUCGCAAAGAGCACCAUAUCGAAGAGGUAAAAAGUUUUCUUCAAAUUGCGUUGGAGGCGGUCGCGAUAUCAGCUUUACGGUGGCCCGGGUGCGAGUCGGCGCUUCAGCUGUACAGAAGUCUUAUUGCAGCGUGCCUCAAAGCAUAUGACACUGCAGAAUCCUUCGUUGUCCAUACGCCCUCGACUCAACCAUCACCUAUCUCGGUGCAGGAGGGGAAUACACCCCCUGUUAUGUCCAGCCCUUCCGCGAGAUCACAGUAUUCGACACAAACGGUUAUCUCUUCAGGGGCAACAGCAUCUGAUUUUCAUUCAAGAGGCCCCUCCGUGGAGCCUGCCCGAGAAAAUACUCCUAACCAAGACCAAUCCACCUUACCGACGCCUCAGCCUCCCUCAACCACGUUUAAUAAUUCUUCACACGCCUCUGUUUAUCCGACUAGCCAGCCCAGCAACAAACAGUCUUCCAGACAAAAUUAUUACCACAAUCGACAGCCCUAUAAUCCGAUAUAUACCACUUACGGCGAUCCCAACUUUGAUCCUUCUACACCCUUUAAUGCCUUUCCCUCGGUUGUCCCUAGCUUUCCUGGUUGGGACCCUAGCUAUACAACCGUAGCGACCACAGCGAAUAUCGGUGACUACGUUGAAGCUAAUAAUGACCCCGCGUUCUGGAUGGGACCAUUUGGGGACCAAUACUCCCAAUAUUCGAAUCAACCAGGACCUUGGCGGGGACGCACACUCAGUCAAGAGGAACAGAUCGAACUGAUGGACUCUCUAGCAGAUAAUAUACCAGAUGUGUCGGCUUUAUUGACUAGUGAUGCAACCAUAUACUACCGUUCUUGA